GCGCAUCCCCUGUCAGACGCCGCUGUCAGCCACCAUGAUUGACGGUAGCGACGGGUUUCACUUUCAUCCCUCGGCGAUUCCUCGCGACUCUGAGUGCUGACAUGGCCGGUUGGCGCAAAGUGGUUCCCCAAUUGGUGAACACCGUGGCGGCCAUGAUCCCACUACUGGCCUGUUUCCUGUGCGGGGGCGCCGGCCGACCUUGUUGGAUUUGUCCCCCCUUCUCGGAAGUAAUCAUCAUGAAACUGCUCGUGAAAUUGCCAGGUUCAUCAUUCUCCAGGCUUCCCCUAACCGCGGUGCCUAGCUAUUCUCCUUGAGCCUCUCAAUUCUUCGUGCCGUCCUCUCUCUCGCUUAACUCCCGAAAGAGUCUCGCCAUUGAUUUCUCCUUGGUCCCCCGAGGC